AUGGAUUGCUUCAAGUAUUGUACCCGUUUGAUUCAUACAACCCACGAUUCACACACGACGAACACGGUAUUCAUUGUGUAUGUUGACUUCGGAAGCAGAAGUCAGGGAUAUGACACCCCCGUCGCGGUAUAUCUUCAAAUACAUGAAAUUCAAAACUCAACAACCAUCUCCAAGGAUUUGGCUAAUAUCUUGGCUAGCAAAGAAUUCAGCGAUCUAACACUUGUCUCUCAAGAUAAAAUUGAAUUCAAUGCCCACAAAAUUUUAUUAUGCGCCCGCAGUGAAGUUUUUGCGGCCAUGUUUCGCAAUGACCUCGAAGAGAAGAAAACCGGUAUUAUUCAAAUUGAAGAUAUGAACUCGAAACUUCUCAAGGAAUUGCUAAAUUAUAUCUACACGGACAAGAAAAUACCCAAGGAAAUGGCAGCAGAUCUAUUUGUGGCUGGCAAUAAAUACGCCAUGUCGGGUUUGCAAGAAAUGUGUGAAAACGUGCUAAUCGAAACAAUGAGUGUAGACACUGCGGCUGAUAUUCUUCUUCUGGGAGAUCGUCAUUCCAGUGGUCGCCUUAAAUCAAUGGCUGUUCAAUUUGCAAUAAAAAACAUUAAAAGUGUCUCGAUGACGAAAAGCUGGAAAAGAUUGCGUGCGAAUAAUCAUGAUUUAUGUACGGACAUCUUGGAAAAGGUCGUGAAGGAACGAUUGUAG